AUGUCCUGGUUCUACCCACAGCCCAUCCAUGCGCGAAGGCUUAUUCCUACCACUAGGGUUGCUGCGGGUGCUAAGACAAGUCUAGGCUUCGGGUACCAGUUCAACUCCUUGGAGUCCGGUGGACAGGACGAGGCAGAGCUCAGCACUGUCUUUCGCUCGCUGUUUCACUCUCCCAAUGCCAAUGUGUACCAGACCGUGCAGGUCGCGCAGGCAAUGUUUCCAGUGCUGAGAUAUGUCCCACUGCCCGGGUGGCAGAUCAUUCGUCUCGCCCAAACCAAACUGCGCGCCAUCGGCCAGCGACUUCUGCAAAAAUCCCAACGCGAGUCUGCCGCUGCGGCCGGCGAGAAAGACCUCGGAAAGGGCCGUGAUCUGCUGGCUCUCCUUGUCAAGGCGAACAUGUCGGGCGAUCUUCCUGCCAGUCAGAGGCUGAGCGACGACGAAGUCAUUUCGCAGAUCCCGACGUUCUUUUUUGCGGGACACGAAACGACCAGCACCGCGCUGUCUUGGGCGCUGCACGCUCUGUCCCAGCACCCCGACGUGCAUGACAAGCUCCGUCAGGAGCUGCUCUCGCUCCCAACCGACCAUCCCACCAUGGAUGAGCUCAAUGCACUCCCGUUCCUGGAGAACUUCAUCCGGGAGUCAAUGAGAUUGUAUGCGCCGGUGGUCUUCAACCAGAGAAUGGCCAACCGGGACGACGUGUUGCCCCUUGCGAAGCCGUAUGUCGAUCGUCAAGGCGUGUCGCACGACACCCUCCCGAUCCGCAAAGGUCAAGUGUUCACUGUCCCCAUUCUCGCGAUCAACACAGACAAGCAGACUUGGGCUGAAGAUGCCCUCGAGUUCAAACCGGGCCGGUGGGACGAUCUCCCUGAGGCGGUGCACUCGGUCCCGGGUGUGUGGGCAAACCAGCUGACGUUCUUCGCUGGCUCACACAACUGCAUCGGCUUCCGAUUCAGUAUCGUCGAACAAAAGGCUAUUCUCUUCUCGCUUCUCCGCGCGUUUGAGUUCUCUCCCGGAGCAGCGGUCAUUGGUCCCAUCAUCAGCAAUGUGCUCCAGCGGCCUGUGUCGUUCGAGCCAGGAACUGCGGGCCUCGUGUCGACGGGGAAGUUCCCGGUUAUGCUUCGGGAGUACACUGCUCAAUGAGCAUUGGCCCUGUUGCAGACGACAAAUCUAAUACCACUUACCACUCCAUUACACUGGCGAAUAUAUUCUGUUGUCGAUGUGUACGGUUCCAAAAAC